UUCUGUCGUACAACCCUACUUCCGGUCGAAGAUCUGUCAGUCUGUGCCUUGUCUUCAGCGAAAUAUUUUAGGAAUUUCUCGCCAAAAGACAGCUAAGGAUGGCUGCCACAGAAGUGCAAAGGGAUGACAACAAAACAAUUAGUUUGCCAAAGGAUGACAACAAAACAAUUAGUUUGCCAAAGAUGCCAACCGUACAGACUCAGAACUUGAGGAAUCUCAACUUGACAGGUCAUGUUGGGUUCGACAGCCUGCCAGAUCAGCUGGUCAACAAGUCGGUGUCUCAAGGCUUCUGUUUCAACAUUCUCUGUGUUGGUGAAACGGGAAUUGGCAAAUCAACGAUGAUGGAUACGUUGUUCAACACCAGCUUUGAUUCCACUCCCAGUUCUCAUGAUCUGCCAGGAGUAAAACUCAAGGCUCAUACAUACGAUCUACAGGAAAGCGGUGUUCGACUCAAGUUGACCGUUGUCGACUCGGUUGGAUAUGGCGACCAGAUAAACAAGGAGGAAAGCUGGAAGUCCAUCGUAGACUACAUCGAUACCAAAUUUGAUGCAUACCUCCAGGAGGAACUGAAGAUCAAACGCAUGCUCCACAGUUACCAUGACAACCGCAUUCAUGCUUGUCUCUACUUCAUUGCUCCAACAGGACACUCGCUUAAAGCGCUAGAUCUGGUCACAAUGAAGAAGCUAGAUAGCAAGGUCAACAUCGUACCUGUUAUCGCCAAAGCUGAUACCAUUACCAAGACCGAGCUCCACAAGUUCAAGGCAAAGAUUAUGAGUGAGCUGAUGGCCAAUGGAGUACAGAUCUACCAGUUCCCCACUGAUGACGAGACAGUAGCUGAGAACAAUGCUUCUAUGAAUAGUCACCUCCCCUUUGCUGUGGUUGGCAGCAAUGAUGAAGUGAAGAUCGGAAACAAGAUGGUGAAGGCAAGACAGUAUCCUUGGGGGACAGUGCAAGUUGAAAAUGAAAACCACUGCGACUUUGUGAAACUUCGCGAAAUGUUGAUCAGAACAAAUAUGGAGGACCUAAGGGAGACAACUCAUAAGCGUCAUUUCGAGCUGUACCGCAGACAUAAACUGGAAGACAUGGGAUUUUCAGACAGUGACGCAAAGAGUCUGUCGGAGACAUAUGAGCUGAAGCGCCAGCAACAUAUCAGCGACCUGCAGAAGAAGGAGGAGGAGAUGAGGCAGACGUUUGUCAUCCGAGUCAAGGAGAAGGAGGCUGAGCUCAAGGAGGCAGAGAAGGAGCUCCAUGCUCGCUUUGACUCAUUGAAGAAGCAGCACGCAGAUGAAAAGAAGAAACUAGAGGAUCGCAAGAAACAGUUAGACGAUGAGAUGAAUGUUCUCCAACAGAAGAAGGCUCAAUACCAAGCAAACCAAUCCACCAUGGGCAAGAAGAAGAAGUAAGGGAGAUAACUCUCAUCUCCACCUGUAGAGGGAGCAGUUGGGAGGGGUUCAAGUCAAGCAGACGGGCAGUCUGAUAUUGAAGGUUGAAGAUCUGUAGAUCUCUACACUGAUGAUUCAACGAACAGACAUUCUUUCCUGAUAGGGAACGAUCUGUCUAUGAAUAUUCAGUUAGCAUGGACAAUUAAUACAGAUUAUCUUAAUUUUGCUGAAGUUUCUUUCAUUUCAUUUCAUAUGAUCCUCCAAUCAAAUCUAUUUUUUAAUGAUUUUUUUAAAGAUUUCAAUUUUUCUUGAAACUCAGGAUUUAAUUUUUCUCAGUUUACUAAUCUAUCAUUUGAAUCAGUGCAUGCAACAUUCUACAUAAACAGGAACACUUACAUAUAAGUGUAGAGGCACUGCCCAAUUUUCGUUUUCGGUGCUACAGAAUGUGUGGGCUAAUUGUACACGUGUUUGUUUGUCCUUACGUCUUCAGACUGACAGAUCAUGCAAGACAAUAUUGCACGGAACCCAUAUCAAAUGGCCUCAAUGAGCACUACCAGUGUGUCUAUGCAUACAUUCAGAUAUGCUUUGACUUGAAUUCCUGCUCAGAUUUUUUUACGACCAAGUCAGGCCAUACAAACUACAUAGUCAUGAAUUUACUUAUUAGGUUUUGUAUGCAUGUUUGUAACAAUUCCUUUGUUGGAGCUACGUCAAUCAUUUGUAAUCCAUUUAUAAUCUUGCCACCGGUAAAUGGCUUGUAUCUAAGUGCAUUUUAAUCUUCCAGUUGUGCUUAAUGUUUUCUUGACAUUACCAUGUAACUUAUCUUUCAAACCCGGAGACUGCAUUUGCUGUUAUUUUUACUAUCACAAUCAGGCAUCAAUCAUGCUUUGGGUUUAGUUGUAUUUUGAACAGUAGUAUUAUUAUUUUUAUAAGUUAUUUUUCACAUUACAUACUAGGCAACAGAGUGAUUCUGUCAUGGCAACUCUUCACGCAGCCAUUACUGUCCCUGUAAAUUGUAUCUGUAUUACCAUGGUAACCAUAUGUCAUCGUCUCCUCAGGGCAUCAUUGUUGUCAUGGUUACAAUAAACAUCAUCCAACAAGUGCAAUAUUGCAAUAUAUCUUGAAUAUUUAGCUAUGAAAUGCUCAUACAAUGUAGGUAUGACAUACUAUCUGCUACUACUAAAUAUAUUGGACAUGUUGCUUGUUCCAAUAAAGUACACCUUAAAAUCAGGUCGGACAAUUUUUGAGAGCAUAUCAGCAGAUUCCUGAAAUUGUGAAAAUUGGCUUGGUCCUACCCUUGAGUAUUUUCAUUAAUCCAUGUGGUAUGAAAAUCACCACCACAUCUUUGACAAGUUUACCACCUCUUGUCAUUGUUUAAGAAAUAAUUAUCAUAAUUUUGCUUUGAAACCCUUCUAAUAACUCUAAUGUGACAACCACCAGCGUGUUUUGGGGAAUGUAAAAUAAUGAUAGUGCUUGUGAUAGUUUAUAAUGCUUCAGCUGGAGGUAUAAACGAUUCAUUGUUUAGCUAUGACCUGAUACUGUACGUUAGAACAGAGUGAUUAAGGAUAAGAGGUAUAACCUUUAUUGUCUAACAGUGAUAUAUGCUACUAGUCCAGUAGACACCAGACAUGACCGGCAAACAGUCUCGGCCUUGUAGACUUGUAAUCAUGUCAGUCUCAUUUGAAUUAGAUCAAAGAUGGAUACCCUAAUUCAGGACAAGUCAAAUUGUUUUGUUUUAUUGUGAGAUAAGUAAUAUGCUUUACUGUUAACCUUUCCUAAUGUAUCUUUCUCUAUUUUAGUGUAAUUAAAUUAAAAUAAUUAGUUUAAUAAUCAUUUAAGCUGUAAAUGAUAAUUUACAUUAUAAGUGUUUGUAAAUAGAAUGUGUCAGCUCUUCACAUAGAAUAACACAAGCUCUUUGCUUCAUCAGAGCUUAAUAACACUAUGAAGUUCAAUUUCAGUUAUGCAAUGAAUAGUAAUAUUAAUGUAUUCUAUCAGAUAUUUAAUAAUUUGUUUGCCUACUAGAAUGUAAAUUAAUUUCUGUAUUUAUGCACCAAACGUAAUGUAAUGCAUGUGCCUCAUUUAUCCCUGUGUUUGUGUUUUGUACCUAUGUUAUAUCGGACCAACACUAUCUAGAUGUGUGGGAACAGCUGGGUUCUGUUCUGUAGGCUAUAUCCUGUUCUGUUGGGCCAACUGUGGAAGCCAGCAAAGUACAACUGGAAUUUCAAACAAAACCUAAUUGUCUUACAGUUACAUGUAAGAAAUGUAAUUACAGAUUUUCAUAUAUUAUAAAAUACAUAAAAGUAAAUAAUAUGAAUCAGUUUGAUUAGUGGAAGAAGUCAGUGGGUUUGGUUGGGGUUUGUUUUCAUUUUAGUUUGACCAAACCUAGGUUUUAGUUUAAGAUCAGGGCUUCCCCAACUUGUAAUUUGGCAAGUUUAGAAAUGAAAGAUGUUAGUGCCCGUUACGUUCUGUAAUUGUUCUAUUAUUUUGCUAUGAUACAACCGUCAGACAACUGACGUUUUCAGUGGAAUAUGCAAUAGUGUGUUUGAAUCUCAACUUAAAAUCUAAACUACCUAUAUCACCUGUAUAACUGUUAUGGUCACAUAAGUGUUAGAAUCAUGUGGAGAAAUGCCAGAUAAUUACUUGAUAACGUGAUGGUAAUUUUUCAAAUUGGUUGCAAACAAAUAGUUUUUCCCACAUAGUUGCAGUAUCUGAAUAGAAUCAUUUCAAUUCACUUUAUGAUGACACAGCAUGCAUUUUAUAAAUAAACUUUUUUACUUAUGUGCCA